CGUAUCCGUUCGUGUGUCGCUUCUCUCUGUGUUGAAAAAAAAAAAGCACCGUGCGGUUCGCAGCGAUGUCAGUCCAAGCUGUGGCAGCGAAAAUGGCCGAGGUCGAAUUAAAAGACGUGGCCGGUAAAGACGCUUCCCCCGCCAUAUCUCCGCUGACACCCAAGGCAGAGGAGAAGAAGAGUGAAAAUAACUCUAGUUCGUCAUCAGCAGCAGUAGCGGCCGCGGCGGUGGAGCCGAGCCCGGUGACCACCGCUCCGAACCCCGUGAAGAUGCCGCAGGCGUCCGCGAUGAAGCGGCCGGAUCAGCAGCAGAACGGCGGUGAGGCGUUUGUCAACUGCGAUGGCACCGUGGCCGAGGCGCCGCGAAUGAAAAAGAUCCAGUUUGCAGACCAGAAGCAGGAGUUCAACAAACGUCCCACCAAGAUCGGCCGCAGGUCUUUGUCUCGCUCCAUCUCACAGUCUUCUACAGACAGUUACAGCUCAGCCGCUUCGUACACUGACAGCUCCGAUGACGAAACCUCUCCCCGCGACAAGCAGCAGAAGAACUCCAAGGGCAAUGCAGACUUCUGCAUCAAAAACAUCAAACAGGCCGACUUCGGACGCAGGGAGAUCGAGAUUGCCGAGCAAGAGAUGCCUGCUCUCAUGGCUUUGAGGAAGAGAGCUCAGGGAGAGAAGCCAUUGGCUGGAGCCAAAAUUGUGGGUUGCACCCACAUCACUGCACAGACUGCUGUGUUGAUGGAGACCCUCUCUGCUCUGGGCGCUCAGUGCAGGUGGGCCGCCUGUAACAUCUACUCCACUCAGAACGAGGUAGCAGCCGCUCUGGCCGAGGGAGGUUUCUCAGUGUUUGCCUGGAAGGGUGAAUCAGAGGAUGAUUUCUGGUGGUGUAUCGAUCGCUGUGUUAACGUGGAGGGCUGGCAGCCCAAUAUGAUUUUAGAUGAUGGAGGAGAUCUGACUCACUGGAUCUAUAAGAAAUAUCCCAACAUGUUCAAAAAGAUCAAAGGCAUCGUAGAGGAGAGCGUGACUGGAGUUCACAGGCUAUACCAGCUGUCAAAGGCUGGCAAGUUGUGUGUACCCGCGAUGAACGUUAACGAUUCAGUGACCAAGCAGAAAUUUGACAACCUGUACUGCUGCCGGGAGUCCAUCUUGGAUGGUCUAAAGAGGACCACAGAUGUGAUGUUUGGAGGGAAGCAGGUGGUGGUGUGUGGAUAUGGAGAGGUGGGAAAAGGCUGCUGUGCUGCUCUCAAAGCGAUGGGCUCCAUUGUCUACGUCACUGAGAUUGACCCCAUCUGUGCCCUACAGGCCUGCAUGGAUGGCUUCAGGCUGGUAAAACUCAACGAAGUCAUCCGACAAGUCGACAUUGUCAUCACCUGCACAGGCAAUAAAAACGUGGUUGUAAGAGAGUACAUGGACCGCAUGAAGAACGGCUGUAUUGUCUGCAACAUGGGCCACUCCAACACUGAGAUUGAUGUGGCCAGUCUGCGAACCCCUGAAUUGACCUGGGAGCGGGUGAGGUCGCAGGUGGACCACGUGAUCUGGCCAGAUGGAAAGAGAAUAGUGCUGCUGGCCGAGGGUCGCCUCCUAAACUUGAGCUGCUCCACUGUUCCUACCUUUGUGCUGUCCAUCACUGCAACUACCCAGGCGCUGGCUCUGAUAGAGCUGUACAAUGCUCCUGAAGGCCGCUACAAACAGGACGUCUACCUGCUGCCUAAAAAAAUGGAUGAGUACGUGGCCAGCCUUCAUCUCCCUACUUUUGAUGCACAUUUGACUGAACUGUCUGAUGAACAGGCCAAAUACCUUGGUCUGAACAAGAACGGACCCUUUAAGCCAAACUAUUACAGGUACUAGACCCAUUCAUAGGUGGGAAACGAAGACUAAAGAAAUUACCAAGACUUCAUAAUUCAUACAGACUAAGGCGAGACAGAGCUGUGUCUCACAGCCUGCAAUUGGAGGGGAGGGAAAAGCCCUGAUCUGAUUGGUUGGGGGUGAAGGGCGUGGCUAAUUAUCGCUACGGCAGUGUUUAUUUAUUUUAUGCUAGAAUAACAUAGCUAACCUUUUAUGAGCUGCUACUGCCAGUGGUGCAACCUAGCGACGUUUUCAUGGAGAUUUCACCAUUUCAUCUUUUCUUAGCUUCAUGUGCUAGUUGUACGUAAUCCAUUUAGAGAUCUUUUAUUGUUUAAUUAUAAGUUCUGGUAAAGGAAAAAAAAAAAAAAAAGUUUGAUCAUACCUGAUGAUUUAGUCAUGGACAUGCCACGUUGUCCUGUUCUCUUGUUUUCUACAUGUGAUUUUUUUUUUUUUUUUUUUCUUUAUAUAAUAUGGGGGGUGGGACAGAAUUACGGUGGGGCGCAGGGGUUCAAAUCGUUCUUUUAGUUGAUCGCACUAUUCAAAUUAUUUUGUUUGUUUGUUUUUUAAAACUUGUAUUAUUAAUUUUUACAGCAAAUUUUAACUUUUUUGCGCUCUCAGUUCUAAAUAAAAGCUGUUAAAAUUUAACUGGAUUGUGAACGAUUCGGGGGCGGGGCUUAUCCCCUCCGUUCACUCAGACUGGAAUCUCAUUGGCUUGAUGCAUUAGCAUUUCAAAUUUCCCUUGCAAACGCAACACGCUCCUUCCACACCGUUUUCAAGAACGCCAGUAUUGAUGUUUGAGAUCAAAAAGGCUCAAACUUUGCGCAAUCUAUCCACGUUAUUGCUGAAACUCGUCAGGCUGUGUAAUCACAGGGGUGUAUAUUAAGAUAUUUAUACAAUUUUUUUUUUUUUUUUUUUACUUUGUCUUCUGCCAUCAACUUUUGUUCCUAUGAACUCAUCCUCUGUCAUUAUAAAAAUAAGCAAUUAAAUGUUAUGAGAUACUCUAGUGUAAUAUGAAAUUUAAUGAAACCCUUGUUUUAUAUACUGUGAAGUAGAGCCUAUAUCAAUGAGAUACCAAAUGUACAGUUAAUCCGGUACCGAGUUUCUUUCCAGGUCCUCUGCAAAUUUAGUCUGGAACACAAUGGGAGAGAAAUUUGUGUGAACUGAAGCCAAGACCAACUGUGUACUCAUUUCCGAGGAUCGUUUUCCUGUUUGCAGGCCUGUAGAGCAAAAGCUGCCUUUGUGACUGGGAUAUUCAAAUAUAAUAAAAUUGGGACCUUUAUUUUACUACACUUCUGAAAAUCUUUAUGGCAGAUAUUUAUCUUCUCUUUGCCAUCUGUGUUUGUCAUAAAGGGAAUCAAAAUGACAUUGUCCGUUUCCUGUUUAAUGUGGCGUCACUUUCCUUCGCUCAGGACCGUUUCACAUGGAUGUCUGUGUCGUGUAGUUGUCGAUUAGUCAUCUUGCAGCGCAAAGGUCUUUCCGUUGAUCAUCCUGCCCAAAGUAUACUUUGUUUUUGCACGGCUGUUUGAAAUACUUUAUUUGACAGCAUGCACAAACAAGCACACUAGAAAGAUUCGUACAUGUCCUGUGUCUGCGGUUUUUCUCUCUAAAAGUUAAGAGCGAUUAAACAUGUUUUUGCAUUUAAACUAGCAUUGUGGGUAUCUUUCAGUCCCCUCACACGAACACUCGCUCAUCUUCACAGGUGUCUAUUGUUUUUGCUGUAGUUUUCAAUAGUUGUUCUUGUUCUGUCUCCUCCUUUUCUUUUCCAACUGUGAAACAGGGGCUCAGGAGAUUUCUAAGCCUGUUUCAGUCACGGAAUAAACAAAAAUAAUUGAUUGAUAUAAACUUCCAACUCAUUCUAAAUUUGCAUCUCACAAUUCAGACUUUAUUUUCAGUUUUUUUUUUAUUUGAAUUUUUUUUAAUUCUUUUGUAACAGAAUUGCAAGGUAAUUGUGACUUUUUAUCUUGAAAUUCUGCCUUUUUUUUUUUUCAUUUAUAUUUUACAAUUUGGACUUUUCUUCCCAGAACUGUGAGUUCAUAUCUUGCAGAUUUUUAUACAGACCCUGUAAAGUUCCAACUGUGAGUUGACUUUUUUUUUUUUUUUUUUUUUUUUUUCUCAGAAUUGCAAUUUUCUAAUAAUUAUGUUUAUAUCUUGCAGUUCUCAGUUCAUAUUUUGCAAUUCAGAUUUUUUUUUUUAGACUUGAGUUGAGUCAUAAUUUUUUUUUUUUUUUUUUUUAACUUACAAUUACAAGCAAGCUUCUUGUAAUUGUGACUUUUUUCUUAGGAUUGUGAGAUAAAAAAGAUGAAUUAUGUAUUUUUCUAUUUAUUUAUCCAGUGGCGGGAACAGGCUUCCAGGGUUUCCAACUUCUGGACAGACUUCUAUAGUGCAUGUCUGAGCGGCAGCUAUUUUACAUGCAUGGUUAGAAAAAUUGGGCUGCGUUCUUACUGUGCUGAUAAUGAAAUUCACGUCACUCGUACUUUACACAUACCCUAGGGUAUGUACAAAGACCGAAGUAUACUUUGGGCUCUAUACCUGUCAUAUAACAAAUUUCCUGUUCCUGGGACCCUUUUAAACUCUAGGCUGCUUAUCAACUUUAUAACUUAUCAAAACCCUAAAGGCAUAUAACAGUGUUCAGUUUUCUCCCAAACAUUUGCUUUCCCUACAAACACAAGGUCGGGUUAAAUGAUUGUUCCUCUUAUGUUGUUAAUACGUGCUGCUCUUGUAGUGUGUGUCCAGAGAGUCUAUAUUAGUAUUAAAAAUGUAAAUGUAUUGAUACCCCGUAUCUCCUCAGUAACCCACCUGUCACGUUUGCAUUCACUGUCUUUAUCUGCUUAACACACAAUCUCUGUACUAAAGCACAUCAAUUAGUGUACGUCUUGUUCAAAUGUGUUCAACCCGUUGUCUUAAUUUUACUUUGAUUUGCGGGGGUACGUGUGUGUGCGUGUGCAUUACAAUGUGUUUGAAGGGGCUCGUGUGCACAAACGGAUGGUUUUCUGCUGCUGUGUAGCAGUAGACGGUGGAUCCAGGCCUGGGAUUUUUCCGGAUGCUUUUAUAACCACGUGGAGCGCAUGGGAUCAACACCAGCACCUCUUACGGAGAAUGAGCGUGGACAUAAAGAAGCUAAAACAUCUGUAUAUUUAUUGUUGUAAAUCACUACAAAUAAGAAAGUCUAAUGAUGAGUUGUCAACAAUGUUUAAAUAUUGCAAGUGAUGGUAGAUGAGCAAUAAUCUGUAAUCAUGAAGAACAAAAAUAAAAAUCACAAAUGUAAACAUUU